AUGUUUGAUUGGAGUGCACUUCCUAAAACUUAUAAUGAUAAAAUUGUUUAUGCUGCUAAUGGAACUUUACUUGUCUAUUAUACUGGUAUUCCAAGUCGAAAAGCCAUCUGUUUAAAGAAUGAUAAUGGCGAAGUGAAUUUAAACAAACAUAGCGCAAUGCCUCCUUUUGGUGUUUCAAGACAUUCUUUUACAAUUUAG